GCCAGGGUGUCGCAACAUCCAGAAAGGUGGUGACAAUGUGCGGGAAGGACCGGCCUCGGAUGCCAGCUGUGCUUCUGUGGUGCGGGUGGCCAAGAACGUUGUGCGUGAUUUUGGGGAAGAGGCAGCCUCAAGUUCAGGAUUGACAAGGCUAUCCAAAUGUAAUGAGGCAACCGCUGAACGUGAUACCCAUCGUGUCUUGGUGAAACGAUACAAGCUUUCGCUACCAGUUCCCAUCAGGAAACUUGGCCGUGGAAAACUUGCGCAUUCAGUGCUGUGCUUGAAAGAUUGGGUGUCCUUCCUUCUUGCCAAGAACUGUUGGCAUAUCAGCUGUGGCCUGAUGGCGCCAAACCCGGAGAGAGAGGCUCAGAUUUUGUCUGAAUUCUGGCGUCGCUAUGAGAUGGUCUGCCCGGCGCACCCGGUUUUUUUGGCCGCGCGCGAAGGAUCUAUCGUUUUGGCGAGAACCAUGCCACUAUUGUGGCAUGGGGACGAGGGUCGCGGCAGGCGACAGCCUUUUUUGGUUACCUCAUGGCACUCGGUUUUGGGCAGGGGCGUGAGGAGCGGAAACCAGCGUGCUGUGCAGAAACCCUUCCUGAAGCUCAAGGCAAACUUUGCAGGCCACUCGUAUACCCACCGUUUCUUGCACACGGCAAUGGCAAAAAAGGCCUUCGAGGAUCCCGAGAUCUUCGAUGCAAUUUUGGAGCGCUGUGUUGAGCAAACAUCCUUCAUGCAUACGCAUGGCGUCGUGAACCCGCACAGCAAGCAGAAACACUGGGCGAUGUUUUUGGGAGUGACCGGCGACUGGCAGUUUCUUUUUAAAUCUGGCAAGAUGUUUCGCAGCUAUAACAAUGUCGAAAAGCACACGACGCAGGCUCGAAAUCCCCUCGGGAUCUGCCAUCUCUGCAAUGCAGGGCAGCAUCAGCACAGCUUUGAGCAGAUACAGACCAGGCAGCCGACGUGGCUUGGAACCUUUUGCAGCGACAACCCUUUUUUGGAGCCAAGUCCUUUGACCACACUCCCUCAUCCCCCUGGCCGUGUGGCCACAAUCUUCAAGUUUGACGUGUGGCACAGCUGGCACCUUGGCGUAGGCAAGAGUUUUAUUGCCUGCGCAUUGGCCCUGAUGAGCUCAAAGUACGAUGGUCGCAGCAAGGAAGCUCGAAUGGAUUUGCUGUCAAGAGACUACCUGGCUUGGUGCAGCAGAACCCGCCACCCUCCGAUUUUGACGAAGCUCACGCAGAGCAGCAUCAACUGGGAAUCGAAUUCCUCCUUUCCUUUUGGUGGUUGGUUCAAAGGUGCGCUCACGACUACUUUAGGCAAAUUCAUCCAGGACCAGCUUGGGCCAUCUGGACCCGACAGGUUCAAGGGUGAUGAAAUGCUUCAUCUGUGCAACGAAGCGGUGAUUGCUAUCAAUACCUGUCUCACAGGCUUGUAUGUGGGCGACGCCUUUUUGGAAGCAUCAACAGCAAGACAGCUAGGUGAGCACGGCUUGAAAUUCCUCCGUCGAUAUGCUUUGCUGGCUCGAAAAGCGGUGGAACAGGGACAGACUAUGUUCUCCCUACUUCCAAAGCUCCAUUGCUUACACCAUCUGUUCUUACAGGACCUUCUACUCGCGUCGGAAUCUGCACAGUACCUGGUAAAUCCACUGUGCUACAGUGUACAGCUCUCUGAGGACUUUAUAGGGCAGUUGAGUAGACUGUCCCGUAGAGUCCAUCCAACUAAGUGCUCCGAGCGGUGCAUCCAGCGUCACUUGCAGUUGGCCCAUGGCCAGUAUGUUAAGGCAGGGUAUCUCAUAGAGGCCAAGGAUGAUUAG